GUAUUAUGACAACUUUACCCAGUGCACAGAACGUGAAGCCAACAAUGCGAGUUGCUUUUGGCCAAACCCCCUCGCAGAGGGCUUUAUCACUGGAAUUCAUAAACAAUUCUUUUCAAACUGUACUUCAGAAAAGGUUCACUGGGAAGAUCCACCGGAUGAAAUUCUCACAACUCUGAUCUUGAUCCCAGUCAUGUUGACAUGUGCCAUGAUAACACUGGUAGUAUGGUGCAGCAAGAGAAGUGAUAUCCUGGUGUAA